AGCUAAAUCUAGAAAAUCCAAUCAGCGCCCCGCGUCUCUCAAAAGCUGGAGCCAUCCACGCUAGAGCGGCCCUAGCUUCCUCCUUCCAUAUCCGGGUCAAAGCUAACAUUUCCGCUGGCUUUUUCUCGGCUCUCUGGAGUGCUUUCAUCUUGUAUUUCUCCGUGUAGUACUCCUUUCACGUCCUUCCAUGGAAUAUUAGCAAGCCUGAGGUUCCAUCUGGGAACUGGAGAUAUUGAAGCUCUGAGCGCUAGUAAAAAUGGCUUACUCCCCAGGCGAGCGGCCUCCGCUCCGGCUCUAUCCGAAGCUACCCGUGUGGGUGGUGGAGGAUCACCAGGAGGUUUUGCCUUUUAUAUACCGAGCUAUUGGCUCAAAACAUCUUCCUGCCAGAAACAUAACCUUUGUUCAUUUUGAUUCACAUCCUGACCUCCUUAUUCCUGUGAAUAUGCCAGCAGAUACUGUAUUUGACAAGGAAGCUCUCUUCGGGGAGUUGAGUAUUGAGAACUGGAUUAUGCCUGUAGUUUAUGCAGGUCAUUUUUCUCAUGUAAUAUGGCUCCAUCCGUCAUGGGCUCAGCAAAUCAAGGAGGGCAAACAUUGUUUUUUAGUGGGCAAAGACACCUCCACUACAACUAUCAGGCUUACAAGUACAGAUCAUUACUUCUUAAGUGAUGGUCUUUAUGUCUCUGAAGACCAACUGGAGAACCCAAAACCUUUAGAGUUGGAUGUAAUUCUGGUAAAUCCUUCCCAACUGGAUAUCAAUCAAGAAGAAACUGGAGCAGUGCCUUCUGCCAAGAGACUGAAGCUAGUUGCAGAAGAGUCACAAAGCACUUCAUUGAUGAACUGUUCCACCUCAGAAGCACUGUGUCCAAAAGCAGAAGGGAUGGAAAAGGAUACAGGAUCACAAUUGGCUCCUCAAACUUGCACAGCAUCAGCAAUUUCAAAUUAUUCUGAAAUUCAGGACUGCCAAACUAGAGCCAGUGUUAGGGAGAUUCUCCAGAUUCUGAAAAAAGGAGAUGCCUUUGUUUUAGAUAUUGAUUUGGAUUUUUUUUCAGUCAAGAAUCCCUUCAAAGAAAUGUUCUCUCAGGAAGAAUACAAGCUCUUACAAGAACUAUACAGUUUUAAAAAGCCAGAUGCAGACUUGACAGAGGAGGGCUUGGUAGACUGUGUGGAAGGUCGAAUUCAUCAAUUAGAAGAUUUAGAAGCUGCAUUUGCAGACUUGUGUGAUGGUGACGAAGAAGAAACGGUACAAAGAUGGGCUUCAAAUCCUGGAAUGAGGUCCUUAAUUCCACUUGUUCAGAGUUUGAAAAACCGGACAGAAACUCCAGACUAUGAGAUGGUCCAUCAAGCUGGUCUGACCUGUGAUUAUUCUGAGCUUCCUCACCAUAUCAGCACAGAACAAGAAAUUGAAUGUCUUAUACAGUCUCUAAAGUAUUUACUUAAAAACUUACCGAAACCUACUCUUGUGACCAUUGCCCGGUCAAGUUUGGAUGACUACUGUCCUUCUGAGCAAGUUGAUACUAUUCAAGAAAAGGUCCUUAAUGUACUUCAUACUUUGUAUGGGAAUCUAGACAUUCAUUUGGAGUAUUCAGCCAAUUCACCACCAGCUUAAAAGGAAAAACAAAUUCCUGUUACAUUUUAAAAAUGUGUUAGCAAUUUUUCCUUAAUUCUCCCAUGCAGCUUCUUAAAAUGAAUAUUUUG